GACGACGUGGAGGCGUGAACCGUCCGACGCGAAGCGGAGGACGGUUGCCUCCGCGAAGUCCAUUAAUUCCUGAUAAUGGACACCUCGAAGGGCAUUAUCCCGCUUAUACCACGGUCACUUACCAACGGUGACCAAAUUAAGACCAUUAAUUUAUAUUUUCAUGCGUUUUACAAUCUGAAUAUAACGUUUUCCACAAAACAUACAUUUGUUUCCCUGGUUACGCCUGAGGGUCCGACUAAUACCCGGAACCACCAUUACACGACCGUUGGGUUCUCAUGCAACGGAAACGUUGUUCACUCCUCCAGUAAUUAGGACGGACCAUAGCUACGACUUUAGAACGGGAGGUAGUGGGAGGUAUUAUAGUCCGCUGAGCUUUGUUUUGUUUCCCGUUGCUAUGGUUACUACUAUUUUAGAGACGAUACGCCAGCUAGCGCAUUAAUUGAGAACGGUAAACAGACAAUUUGACGGAACUACUUGUCCAGGUGUCCGUAUAUCAGGAGUUAAUGCACACCCUGCAUCCAAUCAGAAUCGAGAAUUCCAAUACGCCUCCACGUCGUCCAUUAAUUCCUGAUAAUGGACACCUCGUCGGGCAUUAUCCCUUACAUAUAGAGAGAGAUACGAAACAUAUCGUAUAUAGGUUUUAGUUUCCAUUUACGUUCUGGAGAAGGGCGUGGUCGAGGAGAGCACUGAGGCGGCACGUUGCUACGUCAUCACGUCAUCGUCACGUCCUCGCAACGACCUGCAGACGGAAUCCUUGUCGGAGCAAAAACAGAAACUGCUAUAUUAGUAUAUACAGUAGACGUUUAGAUAUAUUAGUAUCUAAAUUAACUGUGUGGACCAUCAGUCUCUUUGCUAUGUCCUCUAUGUCUCUGUCUACAUUAACCCACCCCGCCAUGUCCUCAUCGUUGUGAUCUCCUCCUAAAGAUCUCCUUCCUGAAGCUCACCGUCCUGUUGGGUAUCUCCUGUAGAGCGUGUCCUUGUGAGGGAUCAUCAGUCUGUCAAUGAGGAACUACCGGCUCAUCUUCUGCCACAACCUGAAGCAGCCAUAGACCGUCUCUGAGGAGCUCUGGACUACAGUUACAAGACGUCUCCUUAGGGUUGGGGUGGUGAGGAGGAGGAGGAGGACACCAUGAGAAAGAGUGUGUCUUGGUUGCCAGGCAGCGAGGGCGUUAGGUCAUCCACCCAGGUGUUUGGGGUGGCCCUGGAGGAAGUCACGCACACGCGAACGUCGUGUGGACAAGAUGUCCCCCUGCUGGUGCAUCACAUCGUGCAGUACAUCGAGGACCACGGGCGUCUGGACCUGGAGGGCCUGUUCCUGGUCAAUGGUAACGCAGAGCGUGUGGAUUGGCUGCGGCAGCGCUAUGACAGCGGUGAAGGGGUGGAGCUUGAGGAGGAGGCGGAUCUGGCGGCGGCCGUCAGUCUGCUGAGACUCUUCCUGCAGGAGUUACCUGAGCCACUGGUCGCCAUAGAGAUACAGACGCACCUGCUCAGCCUCCACCAAGACUACAGCAGUGAGGAGGAGGUCUUCCGCCACAUGAAGUUCCUCCUCCAGCAGCUCCCCCAGCUGAGCUACGGACUCCUCCGCUUCCUGCUCCGCUUCCUGGGCCGCGUGGCGUCGGUGCAGCGGGAAGCCUGGCCCCCCGGGGCCCUGGCCACCGUCUUUGGCCCCGACAUCUUCCAUCUGUGGACGGGGGGGGAGGACCCCCGGGGCCAGGAGGCGCUCAGCCGGGUGGUGACGGACCUGCUGCAGCACCAGGACGGCCUGUUCGACUCGGACGACGACGACGACCUCUCCUCCACCAACGACCACAGCUCCACCAACGAGCAGGAGGAUGAUAGACUUGAUGCUCAGGGGGAGGAGCUUCCUCGGGACCCUGAGGAGAUGUUCCACAGUGGAGAGAGGGCCCACGGUUGCUAUGGCGAUGAAGAAGAUGGUCCCUGUGCUGCUGAUGGGGAAACCCUGCUGGUCCAGGAGGACAGGGGUUUUGGCACCUCCCUAGAGGACAACGGCAGUAUGGACACGCGCCUUCAAGAGGCCAACAUCAGUCGGGGCGGCCCGGGCUUUGAACAGAUGGACCAUAGCAGCACCAUCGACCUGAGCCCCUCCCCCUGCAACCAGAGCUCCUCCCACUGUGACCAGAACGCCAACAGGAGAGACCUUGACCCAUGUGGACCAGAAGGAGGCCACUCCAAACUACAGCUUUUCCCCGGCAGCGGGCUGGAAGAUCCGGUGCCGGCCUAUCAGAGGUGGCAGGAGGAUGGUGGGGGAGGGGAGGCCCAGCUCUCCCCCCUGGCCAGUCGUAUGCUCCCCAUACCGUCGCCCUCCCUGGACGGGGAGGAGUCCUGCUCCUCCUCCUCCUCCUCCCACCACCACCUGCUGGCCAAGCGCUUCCUGGACUUCGGGGCCCACAGCACCCGACGCUUCCUGAUGCACGAGCCCGACCUGUUCCACCCCUCCAGGAGCCACAGGCCGCGGCGUGCGUCCUUUAGCUCCAAGGAGGCGCUCCGGGCCAGCGACGCCAGCGCCCACCAGCUCUCCAAGAAGCUACAGCACCUGAAGAAGAAGAUGAAGCAGUUUGAAGAGCAGUUUGAAAGGGAGAGGAAUUACAAGCCUUCUCAUGGAGAUAAGGCAGCAAACCCAAAAGUCCUCAAGUGGAUGACAGACCUGACCAAACUCCGCAGGCAGAUUAAAGAUGCCAGACACCGUGCUGAGAGUGAAGGCCACAACCGUCCCCGGAGCAACACUCUGCCCAAGAGCUUUGGGUCCACGCUGGAGCAGGACACCGCGGCCGAGGGGAAGGGCCACCGGCCCACCAGAGAGGAGACCCUGGAGCUGGUCCAGUGGCGGCUGAGGGGGAGGAAGCAGGACGAAGGCUGGCCCGACGACAUCAAGAAAAUGACGAAGGAGCAGCUGAGCUGUGAGAAGACGGCUCUGCAGAAGAACCUGCUGCACUAUGAAGGCCUGCACGGACGGCCUGUUUCCAAGUCUGAGCGUUCGGUGGUGAAGCCGUUGUACGAUCGCUACAUUCUGGUGAAACAGAUGCUAACCAGAGCUAGCCUCGUACCGCUUACAGUAUCGCCCUCCAGUAAGAGGCGGGGCCAAACUCUACAGCCAAUCAUUGAAGGAGAAACGGCUCAUUUCUGUGAGCUCAAGGACGGUGCGGAGGAGGAAGGAGAGAGGAGAGAAGGCGAGACACCCUGCUCACAGAUCAUCAUGACCCUUGACCCCACCCCCUUAACUGACAGGCCAAUCCAAGGAGACAACUCGUGUGAUGACCAGAGUGAUCGGCCAAUUAUUGACAGGAACAAAAUGGAGGAGGAGUCUGGAAAGACGGACCACCGGCUGUCUGCCCACUCCUCCAGCAUUCCAGAGUUGGUGGAGCAGCUAUGGAAGGCUCGAUCAGAGAAGAAGAGGCUUCGGUCGACCAUUAAAGAGUUUGAGGAGGAUUUCUACCAACACCACGGCAGGCGGGUGCAGAAGGAGGAGCGGGCCGCCCUAUUGGACGAGUACCGAGAAUACAAGAGGAUCAAGGCAAAGCUCCGCCUCCUGGAGGUCCUCAUCAGUAAACAAGACUCCUCCAAAUCCAUAUAGCCCCGCCCCCUGGACUAGCCCUGCCCCUGGACCCCUGCCAAUAAUCCAGCCGGAGCCUCCACUAGCCCCUCCCCUGGGACUUGCCCCGCCCCCGGGACGAGAGCCGCCAUUUGUCAUUCGUUUUUUUUAAACGGUGUGAUGUAGAUAAGAUGAUGUUGAACGAAAUUGCUCAACCACUGAUCCUAACAUGUUAAUAUAACAUGUUAAUAUAACUGUUGAUAUUCCUACGAGCACUACUAGCUAUCCAUGUAUAUACAAGUAUUUUAUAUUAGUAGAUGUACGUGUAUAUGUAUACGUAUGUAUAUGUACAUACAUGUAUACAUGUAUGUUUGUAUGUACAUAUACAAAUGUAUGUAUUUAUAUAUAUAUGUGUAUGAAUAUAUAUAUGUGCGUAGUUAUAUAUGUGUGUAAAUAUUUAUGUAUAAACACAGGAAGGAAGUUAUCCCUGAAAUGUUUAAAUUAUUCCACAUUCAAACGUUUGUUCCAUUGUAUCUGUCGCUUCAUUUGUACUUUUCUACCUUUUAAUUUGACUAAGCAGAAUCGACCAAUACAAUGCGUAACAUAACUAGCAUUACACAUACAAGCCUACCAGUUAAUUUAGCUGCAGUAGGCUGCAGCCAGUUAGCUGUGAUGGCUAUGUUUGUCCACUUUAUCAGAGUUUUCUGUGCGGUAGUAAUUAAUGAGUUCAGAUGUGUAAUUAGCCUGCAUUACGUAACAUAGCACCUACUCAAUAGUAUGAGGAACAUUUAUAUUAUUGGUGAAUAAUAAGCAAUAAUAUGAAAAAUCACUUUAAUAUGCCUCUAAAUAAACCUGUAUGUGAAGGCUUUUGAGAAUCUGAUUGAUUUGGUUCACACACGCACACCUAACCCUAUCCAACACACCCCUACCCCUUCACCCUUACCUCCAUCCCCUAACCAACACACCCCUAAAUGUGUGGGUAUAGUAGUAUUAUCUAGCAGUACCGUAUAGUAAUAUUAUCUAGUAGUACAGUAUAGUAUUAAUUAUAUAGUAGUAUUAUCUAGGGCUAGGGUUAGUAUUUGUGUUAUCUAGGGUUAGGGAAUUAUUAGCGAGCCCAAGACAAAUUUUUCUCGUGGGACAAUAAAGUUGAACCUUGACCUUGCCUUGAGUACAGUAUAGUAUUAUCUAGCAAUACAGUAUAUUAUUAUCUCGGGUUAGGGUCAGUAUUAGUAUUAUCUCGGGUUAGGGAAGUAGUAAUAGUAUUACAACUAUUCCCAAUGACGGAAAAACCAACACAGCCGAAGCAUCCACACUUUAUUGUUUUACACUUAAAGAAAGUUAAACAGAAACACUAAAACUCGGAAUACAUUUAUCAUCCUAUACUAGACGAGCUAAUAACAAAAAUAAACAGUAUU